AUGGCAGCGUAUAUCAACCUUGACUUGCAAGAAUCUACUUUUGAUGUUUUGUACUCGCAGGUUGCCCGGGAUUGGCAACAGCGGGACGACCUCCUCACACCCUUUAACGACCGCCGAUGGAGUCACGUUAGAGCGGUCUGGACCUUUGACCUUGAUCGCGAUAUUCUGCGAUUGGACCAGACAGAUCGCAACCUUUGGGUUCCUCUCGACCUUGUUCGCCAGCGUUCCAUAACCAUUUCCGAUUUCGAGCCUUGCGAACCACCGCCGACACUUGCCAAACAUGCCUUGCAAUCCGUCUACUCAGCACGCCGCCCAGUGGUGUUCUGGAAAAUGAGACGCAAGAACAUCGACCUGCCGCGCCUACAGCGGCGCAAGGCUUUCGUCUCUAGGAUACUUGCCGACUUUGCGUUCCAGUGGAGGCAUGUCCUUUGCGGUCGUUACAACAACUCUACGUUUCGGAGGCUUGCCAAUGCUAUUGUCAGGAUUGUUACCCUGGACUUUACCGUCGAAGAAGCAACGCUCGCACACCAAGCCAUUGGCCGCUACCUGGUCUGGAUAGACAAUCUCCCAGAGUGGGACUUUGCAAGUGGACACAUUGUGAGGGUCGGUGGAACGGCCAUCGUCAUAUGCCAGCAAACUCCGCACGCGAUCACGCUGAUUCGAAAUGAUUUCGGGAAGCAGAUUGUGUCUACUCCUGGUUCGGCAGGAAAAACCCCCACCUACCUCAUACUCUCGGUGCGGGAACUUAUUCUGUUUCGGAUAAGCAGGGAUUUCGAAAAAUAUACGGAACCCAUGCGUCUAUUUGACGGGGUGCAUCCUCCAUCUGAAGAAGCUAUCGAGCUACUUCUCCAAGCCACGCAGACCAGCCCCACUAUGGCUCCUCUUCGCAAGCUCCCUGUUGAGCUACAGGAUGCGAUCAUUGACAAGGUAUCAGGAGAACCGAUUGAGAGCGCCAGGGUUGGCUGCUUACUUGAUGCUGGAUCAGUUUUUACGUGGAAAUACAACGACCGAAAUAUUGAAAGACAAGUCAGCCAUCGGUCUAGGACGCCUUUGUCACAUAUUUGCUUCGGUGGCUACACUAGUGGUAUAGCAUACAAGUAA